UGUUCCAGCCGCAGAAGUGAUCCCGCAAUCAUCAGCAUGUGUAAUAUAUGCUUUGGCCCUCGUACAGAGACUCAAAGGAGACCACAAGACGUUUGCCGAGGUGGCCGAUUCUCUACUAGGCUUGGCCAUGCACUAAUGGUCUAACUCAAGGAGAAUAGAUGUUAUAUUUAAUGUAUACAAAGAAACCUCCAUCAAAAAUGCAGAAAAUGAGAAGGAGGGAGCAGAAUUUGGCGAUGAAUUUAGAAACAUUCAAUCCGAACACAAAGUGCAGCAGUGGAGAAAAUCCCUUUUGAAUCCAAAGAAUAAAAAGGCCUUCGCAGAUUUGUGGUAAAGGAGUGGAGACGGGAUAGAUACGGGAUAAAGUUGACAGGCAAUGUAGAAGAUACAGACGUAUUCUUACUUUGCCUGGCGCAAGUGCUUUAUUCCGGCAUCCACGUAUGUCAAGUGUGGAACGCAGACAAGAACUAAAUAUGUUAGUAUCUCCAGUUUGGUGGGAGCCGUAGGAGGAAAACUUUGCAAAUGCCUAAUUGGCAUGCAUGGUUUCACUGGUUGUGAUAAUGUGAGUGCAUUCGCUGGAAGGGGAGAGAUAACAGCCCUACGACUUGUCAAGCAGCAGAAGUCCUACGAAGAAUUUUUUAAGCAGCUAGGGAUGGAAUGGGUUCUUUCGAAUGAGCUAUUUCAGAGCCUCCAAGAGUUUACAUGUAAGCUCUACUGCUCUCAACCAGGCACUGAUAACAUCAAUGAGAUGAGGUACAGGUUAUUCUGCGCCAAGAAGGGUAACAUCGACUCCACCCAGUUACCACCACAUGCUGACUGCUUGCUCAAGCAUGCUUCUCGAGAAAACUUCCAAGCAGUCAUUUGGAAGCGAAGUCUGCAACGCUGCCCUUUGACACCCACGCCCAGCGGUUCUGGCUGGCGGGAAGGCGGCGAUAACUUUGCCAUGACUGGAUGAGCGGUGACCCAGCCCCUACAGCCGUGCUAGAGCUACUGUCCUGCUCAUGUGCAAGGUCCUGUCAACUUCCUACCUACUGUUGCCUAGAAAAUGGUUUGAAGUGUACCGAUGUGUGGAAGCUUUUAGACUAUGGCAACAGAUGUGAAGAUUCUAUCGAGGAGGUUGUCUCAGAUGAUAGCGACAAAGACGAGGAAAUCUAA